CAGUGCCAUCACGGCUUGGUAUCUUGUUUUAGUGAGGUGAAAACAGAGACAUGGUGGCCAUUCGUGUGCUGCUCCUUGCAGGAGCUCUCUUGGCCUUUGCGUGCUCACAGCAUGGCGUCGCCGCCUCCGACCCCAGCCUUCUCCAGGACUUCUGCGUCGCUGACAAGACGUCCCAAGUGCGUGUCAACGGGCUGCCUUGCAAAGAUGCGACGGAAGUCGUCGCCGAGGACUUCUUCUUCUCCGGCCUUCAUGUGGCCGGCAACACGGCCAACAAGCAGGGCUCCGCAGUGACUGCCGUCAACGUCGCGCAGAUUGGUGGUCUCAACACCAUGGGCAUCUCCCUCGUCCGCAUCGACUAUGCGCCGAACGGCCUCAACCCUCCCCACACCCACCCGCGCUCCACCGAGAUCUUGACCGUGCUAGAGGGUUGUCUCCAUGUGGGCUUCAUCACCUCGAACCCUGAGAACAGACACUUCACCAAGGUUCUCACCAAGGGAGACGUGUUUGUAUUCCCCAAGGGCCUCGUCCAUUACCAGUUCAAUAAUGGGAAUACUCAUGCUGUGGCCAUCGCGGCGCUGAGCAGCCAGAACCCCGGAGUGAUCACGGUAGCCAACGCGGUGUUUGGAUCGGAGCCUGCCAUCUCAGAUGAUGUUAUUACCAAGGCAUUUCAGGUGGAGAAGAACACCGUCGAUUGGAUCCAAGCACAAUUCUAA